AUGUGCUGGAUCAAAAAGCUCAGUCGACUCACUUCUUUCAGCUCUGCAAACGGACGUCAGCAACAGAAGGUUGUGCGCCUUCGCAGUCGACGCAUCACCCCUCCAUGCUUUCAUGCAAUACCCCUUUCAUUAUUACGUGCGCAGUUGCCGUUGCUACGCGAGGUGUCCACAUGGGCUCUGGCGGCUGAUGGGUUGCAGCAAAAGCUGAAGGGUCUUAAACAACGCACAAUCUGGCGUUAUAAGACUCUCAAAAAUACGAAUACUGCCAUUGUAUUCUGUGACGAGAAGGAAAAGGAAGUGCACUUGAAGCCCCGUAAUCGGCGGCAAGACGAUCCACUGGCCUGCCACAAUGUGCUGGCGGCAGCAUCAGCGGCCAGUCUUAAUGGGAUAUUAGGUGCUACAUCGCCUGAAGAUUCGAACCAAUUUUGCAGGACAAUGAUUGGCUUCAUGCUGCACUCAUGUACACCGUUUGUGCGAGCGAAAGUCCUGGACGUUGUCACAAGACAACGAUUGAAGGAAAUUACUAUUGCCAACCGGGCUCUGAUCAUUCGUGCCAUUCAACAAUGUUUGCUGUCAACUUUGAUUCGUGACAAAGCCGUUUUGCACACAGCGGCUAAAAAUGUCGUCUGCGGCACUUAUGGACUCGAGCUUUCGGUUUUAAAAGAAAAGAUUCACGCAGACGAAUGGUUAGUUAUUGAUAACGUUGAUCAUACGCCCUUCAAAGACAGCGGAGCAUCGGAAAAUGACACAUUUUAUCGAAAGACGCGCGCGAAGGAAGAACUUCUACAUACAGGAGAUCUUAUUCAGUUGAUAUUCGAGAACAAGAAUAUAACAGAAGUUGUUACCAUGAUGCAGCAUAUCGCACUGGAGAGUCUCAAAGUAAAGACACAGCAGCCCAACCUUGUAAAAGUAGUGAGUGAUAUUGACGACACGCUUUUUCCUGGUUGGAUUGACAAGCGUUACCCUCUUCACGUUCCAUACCCCGGUGUAUCAAAAUUAUUCGCGCGGCUUUCGCGAGGACUGGCACUAGACCCAAAAGGUGGUGGUGUGCGGCCCACUAUUACUUUCCUUACGGCACGACCUCGUGGGUGGCUCAGUGUCGGUCGUUACUUGACACUGCAACACUUAAAGAAAUUGGGCUUGCCAAAUGUCACUGUACUAAAUGGAUCAGUAAAAGGCCUUGUGAGUAACAAGAAAAUAGCUAAUCUGAAGCUGGACAACUUUUUUCGCUUCGCAGCUCUCUUUCCAGAGUUCAAAUUUGUUUUUUUUGGUGACUCGGGCCAAGGAGAUGCAUUACUUGCUUCACAACUGCUUAAACACUGCUCAGAACAAGUUCUUGCUACUUUUGUUCACAACGUGAAUCCAAUUUUUGCUCGAACGGGUGACGGCGGCUUAAAGCGAGACUACACUGCCAACGGCGUCGAUUUUUUCGAGACGUUUGCAGGAGCUGCAUUAGCUGCACAUAAGAAAGGGUUACUUUUAGCUGAGGACGUAUUGGCAGUUGCUGAUGCCUCGAAAAAGGAAUUAGAUGCCGUUCUUUUUUGUGGGCCUGAGGCUGCAACGAUGAAGGCUAACCGGUACCGCGAGCUGCUGCAAGACCUAGACUUCAUCGAUAUGUACAUGAAUGUCAAAAAAGCGUGA